CUCUGUGUCAGUGAGUCCCUCUGCUGAGAUAGUGGAGGGCAGUUCAGUGACUCUGACCUGUAGCAGUGAUGCUAACCCAGCAGCUAACUACACCUGGUACAAGGAGAAUGAAGACUCACCAAAAGCAUCAGGACAGAUCUUCACCAUCACUGAUGUUAGACCUGAACACAGUGGGAAUUAUUCCUGUGAAGCCCAGAACAGAAGAGGACGUCAGAGCUCCACCUUACAUCUGACUGUUGUAGCAGAUCAUCAUAUCUCAGGAGUAAGUCGGUUCAUAGCUGCUGGAACCAUCAGUGUAGUUCUCCUGGCUGUCCUUUCCUUCUCUGUCUUCCUGUGGAUCAGAAAGAAGAGGGCUUCCAGGAACUCAUCCGGACCAGACAACAGGGAACAGGGCGAGCCGGAGGAGCAGGUUGAACUUCAGUACGCCACCAUCCAGUUCUCCAGCAGCCAGGCAGAUCCUCUGUACUCCAACAUCAGAGCUGCUCAGCCCCUCAGACACGGGGAGCAACAGGAAGCCGUGGAGUACGCUGCCGUCGGGGUCAACAGACGCAGUACUGCCCCGAGAGGUCGGGACCCUGGAGAGGAUCCAGCUGCUUUGUACAGCACAGUCAACAAAACCCGAUGAACACAACAGGCUUUGUAUUUAUAGUCUGAUAUUUCUAUCUUUUAUCCCCAAAAAUUAUUUAAAUUAAUAGGUAACCAUUGAUUUUUUAAUAUUUUAUUUCCAGGAUUGCCCUCUCCAAGAAUGUACAAAGAAACAUUUAUAUAUCUUAUGGAAACUUAAAUUAUUACUUAAACAUACACCAGAGUUUUAUUUUACUCUGCAUGAGUCAGCUCUAAAGAACGAGUAUAGUAUUUCAUGAUUUAUUUUGUCAAAUUGUAUAUGUCUAUUUUAUAAAAGGCCAAUAUUCAUGUGUAGUUUGAAUUAGUCUCUAACUGGUCUUCCUCCCAAACGUCUCCGUGCCGACGGUAAAACAAAUGUUACUGCAACAAGGGAUGUGAUCCCCAACUGGCUUCCCACCUGCAGACACUGGAAGUUAUUUUUGUUGGAAAGCACGGUCAAGCCAACAAUGGCAAUGUUUUUGUAUUACUUUUUUAAUGUAUUUUUUAUGGAUAUAUUCAACAGGGUCUCACUGCAGUUUGUGAAGUGGUCACGUUAUUUUGAAUCUAUUGAUUUUUGUACACAGACACGUUUAUGUCGUGUUUUUCAUGGUGGUGAGCACAAAAUUUCAUCUCAUGUAUUUCAAUUUCUCCUUUCUCGUGGGGCUCAGCACAUAAUGGGAAGCAUCUAUACGGAGGUUGGGUUUAGGAAAAGAAGACUGGGAAAGGACACCUCUCACACAGGAGACGAUCCGCGGUCUAUAGGGUUAUGCGCAACAACAUCGGGACACGCGGCAACGGUUGGGUUUAGGAAAAAAACAUCAGGGAAAUGACACGUCCCACGCAGGAGACGAUCCCCGGUCUCUUGGGUGAAAGUCUAGUGUUUUUGACCCAUUCACCACCCCAACCAAGCUCCCUACGCGGAUUUUUCGGCCAUUCAUACUACUUGCUACUGUAGUCAUGCUGUGAUCACAAAACAUGCUUCCCAUUCAAAUACAAUAGAUUCAAAAAACACAAAUGUGUCCGUGUACAUGGAUCAGUAGAUUAAAUAACGUGGCCAUUUCACAAACUGCCGUGAGACUGGGUUUAAAUCUUUGAUGGUGACGGUGGAGAAAAAGUCAGAAAAUGUGAGGAGAAAGUUAUAACAUGCAGCAAAGGUUGCUGGCUGGAAUAAUACCUUUUGAUGUUGCGAUGAACUGAUUGGAGUCUUAAUCAUUAGGCCUUUAACUAUUUUCUGACGUGCAAAUUAGCACCAAA